AUGACUCCAACGGAUUCAUGUGUACCAUCAACAAUUAGUCUUCGUUGUCAACCGAAUUAUGUUGUUAUUGUUAGAAGUGCUUCAUAUGGUGUUGCACAAGUAUCUGGUUCAUGUAGUUAUACACCAGGUGAUUGUAUUGCUGAUGCUAUGAGUAUAGUAACAUGUACAACAGAUACUGUUCAAUGUGCCAUGUAUGCAACCAAAAGAAAACUACCACAAUGUAAUGAUCAAUUUAGUAGUUACGUUCAUAUUGAAUAUGAUUGUGUACCAAUAUCAAUGGAUGAUUCAACAAAAGAAUAUAAUGUUUGUCAAAAUGGUACAGAAAUAACAAGUGAUUAUGGAAUAAUACGAAGUCCUGGUUAUCCAACACAAUUUCAAACAACAACAGCUGAAUGUUUUCGUGCAAUACAUAUACCAAGUGAUAAAACAAUUCGUCUGUGGUUAACUGAUCUAAGUAUUGGUUCAACAUUGGCAAAUUGUGCUAAAGAUCAUGUUUAUGUUGUUGAUAGUGUUCAAACAUAUCAACAUUGUGGUCGUUUACGAUAUGCAUAUCCAUAUUUAUGUUCAUCAACAAUUAUUAUUCAAUAUUAUGUUACAUCACAACUUUCAAUCUAUCGUGGAAUGAGAAUGUAUUUUGAAAUAGUUGAUCGACCUGCGAAUGAUAAUUGUCCAAAUCCAAAUGGAACAGUAACACCUAUACCAUCUACAACACCAACAAUAACAACUAUUGAUUCAAGUCAAACUACACCUACACCUCCUUAUGUUAUAUUUGGUAUUGCAUCACCUGUUCGAAGUUUUCAACUUUGUAGAGGACAAUCACUUAACAUUGAAUGUCCAAAUAAUUAUGGUAUAGUUAUUACUACAAAUAUAUUUGGUGUUACUCAAUCUGAUCAAUGUGAACCACAUGAUGCAGUUAAACAUUGUGUUGUUGCAACAGCUCCAACAUAUUCAUGUCGUCGAACUUGUAUGUAUUUCUAUCCAGGAAAUCAAGCUGUUCCAUCAUGUGGUAAUAAAACUGCUGCUUAUCAAUUUGUUGAGUAUCAAUGUAUACCAACAAAUACUGAAAUUGUUUCACCAAAUACUCCAUGUCCAUUAGAUGGUUCAAAAAUUCCAGUACAAAUUAAUCGUCGUGGUCGUUUUCAAACAUAUAAUUAUCCAGUUUUUAGUAGAAUGAAUUGUACAUAUCGAAUAAAAACUAAUAUAGGUUAUAUUAUGAAUUUUUAUGCCCUUGAUAUUAGUUUAAAUGAUUUUUCAACUGAAUGCAAAUCAAAUAAAGUAACAUUGAUUGAAGAUGGUGAAAGUCAAGGUUCAGAUUUUUGUGAACAACGUUCAUAUGAUUUAAUUUAUUCAAGUUGUUCAAAUGAACUUGAUUUACGUUAUAUUGUUAAUGAUGAAACAACAUUAUUUUCUAGUGGUGCUCAAUUAUAUAUUGAAAGUCAUGUACCUCCAUUUGAUUGGGCUUGUGGUAAACCGGUAGUAACAUCACCUCAAACAACUAUUCGAACAACACCAUUUAUAACACAAACAGCACCACCUUUAGCAAAUGAAACAAAUAUGUUUGCACGAGAUGAAAUGGAAAAUGACAUUUGUUUCAGUAGUUCAUUAACUUAUAGUUGUCCAUCUGGUUAUACAUUUAUUAUAUUAGGUGCUUUUUAUGGUGUUAAAAAACAAUCAUCAAAUAAAUGUGGAUUUGUUCAAGGUGAUUGUACUCAAGAAUCAUUAUCAACAAUAACACAAUGUCAAAAUGAUUUACCUAGUUGUUAUAUAUUAUAUUCAACUAAACGUCGGCUUGCACUUUGUGCAGAUCAAUAUGCUGAUUAUUUACAUAUAACUAGUCAAUGUGUACCAAGUAAGUCAGUUGGAACUGUAUCGAGUAUAACAACAUAUGAUAUUUGUGAUACAAAUAAUCCCAUUGGAAAUAUACAUGGAGUUGUUACUAGUCCAAGUUUUCCAACUUAUAAGCAAACAACUAAUGAAUGUAGAAGAACAAUUAUAGGUAUACAAGAUAGAAUAUUAAAAAUUUGGAUUAAUGAAAUGGCUUUAUCAAGUGGUGGACAACGUCUUUCCGAUGAAGAUUCAAAUGAACCUGAUCUAGUUAUUUAUAAAAAUGAUAAUAGAAAUAAUUUAAAUGAUUUAGAACGAAUGCAUCCAUCUCUUCGUGAUACUUGUAUAAAUGAUUAUUUAAUAGUAAAUACUCCACAUGUAGCUUAUGUUUAUUGUGGCAAACGUAAAUUAGCUAUUGCUCCAAUUUGUGGUGCAACUAUUGAUAUUCAAUAUAAAACAACAUCACCACCAAAUCUUUUUUAUAAAGGCUUUAAAUUUUAUUUUGAAUGGAUUCCAAGACCACUGGAUAUAACAUGUGGUAAUGUACUACCAUCAUCAACAACACCUAUUAAUGAACAACUACCGGAUUGGGCAAAAAAUUUAGAACUUUCACCUAUACUUUCUGCACAUAUUUGUCUUGGAACAGCAACAACUAUACGAUGUCCUCGUGGUUCUGAUUAUGUUCUUUCUAUCAUUGAAUCAAAUUAUGCUGUAACAGGUACAGGUUUAUGUGAAAUUCCAUCGCCAGGUCAUUGUCAUCAAGAAGCAUCACUUGGUUUAACAUGUACACAAUCAUGUUUUAUUGAAUAUGAUAUUCCAAAACCACUUAUUCAAUGUGGAUCACAAAAUGCUGAUUAUCUCAAUAUAGAUUAUGAAUGUAUACCAACACGUUUACCAAAUAAUGAAAAUCCAAUUGAUAUAUGUGGAUCAACAACAACAGAUACAAUUGCACUUAAUACAGUUAUGAUGAUUAGUCCACAAUAUCCAACAUUACCUGCUACUAUACGUACUUGUUCAAAAAAAGUUGAAGCACCAACAAAUAAAAUAUGGAUGAUUUUUAUAGUUGAUCUAUAUUUGGAAGUUGGACAAAAUGAUAAUAGUGAAUGUGAUGCAGCAUCAUUAACUAUUUAUGAUGGAAAAGAUAAAAUUGCACUUUGUGGUUUACGACAACCUGGAUUAGUUUUCAUUAGUUGUUCAAAUAUAGUUGAAUUUAAAUUUGUUUCAACUCAUCAAGCACUUGGUUAUCGUGGUUUUAAAAUAUAUUCUCAAACUAUUGAUGUACCUAUUGGUUGGAAUUGUGUACCAGAUGGUUUUACAACAACAACACCAAGAACAACAACUCGACCUUCAACUACAACAAGUGUAUUACCACCUAGUUCUCAAAUUGCUGCUUAUGGUGGAACAACAGGUGGUACACGUCGAUAUUGUGUAUUCCCAUUUACAUAUCAAGGCAAUCAACAAUCAAAUUGUUUAAACAUUGAUCCACCAAAUUCAUCAUCAGGUCAAGGUGCUCAAGAACCUUGGUGUUCAUUAACAAGUAAUUUUGAUACUGAUCGUCAAUGGGGAUUUUGUGAUUUAGGUGUUACUGAUUCAACAUUAUAUGAUAUAUGUCGUGGUCAAACACAAAUACUUCGAUGUCCAUCUGGUUAUAUUAUUGAUAUAAUAACAGCUGAUUAUGCAGCUAAACCUAAUGGAAAUAUUGGUGCAGAUGCAUGUGUUUAUAAUGUAAAUGAUUGUUUUCAAAAUGAUGCAUCAACAUUUCAAAGUGUAUGUGCUGGUAAAUCAUCAUGUACAGCAUAUCAUAAUAGUAAAACUUUAGCAACAUGUCAAAGUCGACCAUCAGCUUAUUUACAUAUUGAUUAUAAAUGUGUACCAAAUGAUGUAUCGGGUAUAACAACAUAUGAUAUAUGUAAUAAUAAUUUAUUACCACAAAAUAAUACUCGUCGUGGAUUUAUAAUUUCACCAAAUUAUCCAAAUACACAAAAUAAUAUUGAUUGUACAUUUAAUUUACAAACAUUAAAACCAAAUCAAGAUAUUCAUAUUUAUGUUGUUAAUAUGGAUUUAAGUGCUCCAGAUUUACUUGGACAAAGUUGUAGGAAAGAUCGUUUAAUUGUUUCAGCUGAUAAUAAUAAUAUGGAAAUGUGUGGUAGAUCAUAUACAAAUUUUUUACUUAAUACAUGUCAUUCAUCUGUAUCAUUACAAUUAAUUCGAACACCAGAUGCACGAGGAACUGGUGUUAAGCUUUUUUUUGAAUUUCGAGAAAGAUCACCACAAACAAUAUGUCCUACAUUAGCGACUACUACACCACGUCCAUCAACAGUAACACCACCAACAGGCACAACAAGUGCUUUACUUCCGAUUUAUUUUCCUGGUCUAAGUCCUCGUAUGUUUAAAACUUUAUGUUAUCCAGAUUUUUCAUCUUUAUUAGGUUCAAAUUUUCAAUGUCCAUUAAAUUAUGUGAUUGUUAUUCAUCGUGCAUUUUAUGGUAAAGGUAGUCGUUGUGAUUAUAUUGUUGGUGAUUGUACAACUGAAGCUGACAAUGUUUAUCGAACAUGUUCAGGAAAGCAAAAAUGUUCAGUUUCAUUUUUAAAUCAAGUUCCUUUACCAGAAUGUAAUAAUAUUUUUGCUAAUUAUCUUUUUGUUGAAUAUCAAUGUUUACCAACACCAACAAUUGUUCCAAAUACUGUAGAUUUAUGUACAGGUCAAAUAGAAGAUAUUGCUGGUAAUAGUGGUAUAUUUAAAAGUCCAUCAUAUCCAUCUUAUAUACAAACACAAUGUCCUAAUGUAACAUUAAAUACAUAUGAUGGUUCUGAGCUUAUUAUAUUUAUGUAUUUACUUGAUCUUGAUAUUGGUAUACCUGAUCCAAAUACAGGUGAUUGUACAAAUGAUUAUUUAUCAUUAUCUUAUCAAUGUAAUAAUCAAUUAUAUACUCGAAGUUUAUGUGGUACACGUUCAACCGAACUUUUAUUUAGUACAUGUUCACCAACAGAUAAAAUUUUUGCUUCAUAUAAUUUAUUAAAUCCAAAUCCACAAUUUCAACGUGGUUUUGCAUUACUUUAUCAACUUGCAUCAAAAUUUACUCUACCUACAACUAUUUCAACAACAACAACAGCACCAACAACAUUAUCAACAACACCAUCUGGUCUUGGUCCAAUGAGCACAUAUACUCAAAUAGCAACAACAUGUGUUCAAAGUCUUUUAUCAUUACGAUGUAAUCAACCUGGAUAUGUUCUUGUUUUACAUAAAGUACAACUUGGUGCAAGUAAAACAGGUAGUUGUACUUUUGCUCCCAAUGAUUGUUUUGAAGAUCGUACUCAUUUACAUACUACUUGUGGUGGUAAAGCAUCAUGUUCUAUAUCUGCACCUGCAAUGGCAAUGAAAUCAUGUAAUGGUUCUAGAUCAAAUUAUUUAUAUGCUGAACAUCAAUGUAUUCCAACAAGUCCAAAACUUAUACGUAAUAUAUGUUCAUCAACAGGUUCAACUGAAAAAGUUGAUGGUGGUGCAAUAAUUUCAUUAUUAAAUUAUACAUCAGAAUCUAGACAAUGUAAAAUACAAUUACAAGCAAAUCAAUUAUUAGGUGGUGGAACUCAUAAAUCAUUUAAAAUUUAUAUUCUUUCAUUAAAUUUACCAACACGACCAACAUUACGUGAUCAAGGUGCACAAUGUGGUACAUUUGAUCCAUCGAUUGAGAUUGCUGGUGUUGAAUCAGGUGUAAUACGUUUAUGUGGUAAUAGUCAUACACGUUAUUUACUUGAAACAUGUUCAGAUACAAUUGAAAUUCGUUAUAAUAAUUUAAUUAUGAAUAUAGGUACAACAAAAUUUAAAGGUUUUGAAAUUUAUUUAGAAUCUGUUCAACAUGACAUAUGUCGUCCAACACCUCCACCUUCAACUCCAACACCACCGUUUAAUAUUACAAGUCAAGUUGCUUGUGGAUUAACAAAUGGACGUGAAACUGUUAAUUUUGCUUGUACAUCUGAUUAUGGUCUAGUCUUUUUACAAUCAUAUCAUUUUGUUACAAAACAGCCUAAUCAAUGUGAUGUAACUCAAUAUACAUGUUCUUAUUCAGGUGAACAACCACAAGCACAAUGUUCAGGUCAACAAUCUUGUUCGUAUACUCAUCCAACAUCACUUUUAUCACCAUCAAAUGCAUGUCAAAAUAGUAAAGCUGAUUCAACACAAUUUUAUUAUCAAUGUUUACCAAUGAGACCAUCAUCACAAUAUUCAACACUUAAAUUAUGUCUUAAUUCACUAACAUCAACUAAUAUGGGUUUUAUUGAAACACCUGAUUAUCCAAAUACUUAUCAAAAUGGAAGAAGACAAUGUUCAUUAACUAUUCGAAAACCAAAUAAUAAUGAUGGUAAAAUUUAUUCUAUUUAUCUUUAUAUAAUUGAAUUAUCUUUACGUGAUACAUCAACAAUAAAUCCAGUAUCAGCUAUUGAAUGUUUUGAUUCAAUAAAAUAUAGUGAUGGUGAUAGAACAAACUCAUUAUGUGGAAAAAUUGAUCAACCUAUACUAGAAUAUUAUACAGAUAAACAAGAACUUACUGUAAUACUUAAUAUAUCCGAAUCAUUACCUUUUAGUGAAUGGAAUAAUUGGCAAGGUGCACGAUUAUUUUAUAUAAUUGGAGAUCAAUCUCUACCAUCUCCACCAACAUCAUCAGGCAUACCAACAACGAGAAUAACAACAACGACAACAACAACAACAACACCUUUAGUUAAUACAGAAAAACCACCAGAAAAAAAACCAAAUCAUGGAGGUCUUAUCGCUGGUAUUAUUAUUCUUAUUGUGGCUGUAGUAGGUAUAAUUGGUUUUAUUCUUUAUCGUCGUAAGUCAUUAUCAAGAUCAAGUAAUGCACCAACUGUAAAAUAUGAUGCUGAUAUGGUUACAGUCGAUGGUGGUACAAUGAAUGGAGCAGCUGAACAACGAACUAGUAUUCCAAAAGCUUCAUUAUCAGGACCAGCAACAAAAGCUUUUGUCAGUCCAUUUUUUAAAAAACCAGAAACUACUGAAAAUCAAGAAACAGAAAAUCAAGAAACAGAAAAUGCUCCAGAUGCAUAA